GGGGGUGGGGGGGAGAGGAGGCCGCGCGGGGUGGGGCCCGGCGGGUACGCGCUCGCUGCGUCGACGUGCUGACGACAGGACGCCCAGGCCGGUGUGUGUCGGUGUGUAUGUGUGUGUGUGUGUGUAUGUAUGUGUGUGUGUGUGUGGUGUGUGUGUGUAUGUGUGUGUGUGUGUGUUUGUAUGUGUGUGCGCGCUCCAAGAGUGUAUUUGUGUAUCGGCGGUCCCGCAGGUCCCGGAUGUUGCGGGCAGUAUGAGGCGAGCGCAGGGGGACAGGGACCAGCAGCUGUCGCCGCCGUUCUCAGGGUGAAGAAAAACCAGAAAUCUUUGCCCCCUGACUUUGGAGACUCAGUUUAACCUUCAAACUGGCGAUGUCAAGGGUUCCAAGUCCUCCACCUCCGGCUGAAAUGUCGAGUGGCCCUGUUGCUGAGAGCUGGUGCUAUACACAGAUCAAGGUAGUGAAGUUCUCCUACAUGUGGACCAUCAAUAACUUUAGUUUUUGCCGGGAGGAAAUGGGUGAAGUCAUAAAAAGUUCAACUUUUUCAUCAGGAGCCAAUGAUAAACUGAAAUGGUGUUUGCGAGUAAACCCGAAAGGGCUGGAUGAAGAAAGCAAAGACUACCUGUCGCUUUACCUGUUGUUGGUCAGCUGUCCAAAGAGUGAAGUUCGGGCAAAGUUCAAGUUCUCCAUCCUGAAUGCCAAGGGAGAAGAAACCAAAGCUAUGGAGAGUCAGCGAGCUUAUAGGUUCGUGCAAGGCAAAGACUGGGGAUUCAAAAAAUUCAUCCGUAGAGAUUUUCUCUUGGACGAGGCCAAUGGGCUUCUCCCUGAUGACAAGCUCACCCUCUUCUGCGAGGUGAGUGUAGUUCAAGACUCUGUCAAUAUUUCUGGCCAGAAUACUAUGAACAUGGUAAAGGUUCCUGAGUGCCGGUUGGCAGAUGAGUUAGGAGGGCUGUGGGAGAACUCUCGAUUCACAGACUGCUGUUUGUGUGUGGCUGGCCAAGAAUUCCAGGCUCACAAGGCUAUCUUAGCAGCUCGGUCUCCAGUUUUCAGUGCCAUGUUUGAACAUGAAAUGGAGGAGAGCAAAAAGAAUCGGGUUGAAAUUAAUGAUGUAGAACCUGAAGUUUUUAAGGAAAUGAUGUGCUUCAUCUACACGGGGAAAGCACCAAACCUUGACAAAAUGGCUGAUGAUUUGCUGGCAGCUGCUGAUAAGUACGCCCUGGAGCGUUUGAAGGUCAUGUGCGAGGAUGCCCUCUGCAGUAACCUCUCUGUGGAGAACGCUGCGGAGAUUCUCAUCCUGGCUGACCUCCACAGCGCAGAUCAGCUGAAAACUCAGGCAGUGGAUUUCAUCAACUAUCAUGCUUCGGAUGUCUUGGAGACCUCUGGGUGGAAGUCAAUGGUGGUGUCACAUCCCCACUUAGUGGCAGAAGCAUACCGCUCUCUGGCUUCGGCACAAUGCCCUUUCCUGGGGCCCCCACGAAAACGCCUGAAGCAGUCCUAAGCUCCUGCCAGUUGGGAGACUCCAUUUAUUUUCCAGAAGCAGCAGCCACCGUUGCUGCCACUGACUACCAGGUAGACAGCGCAGUCUGUGGGGCUUUUACUCUGCGUCGGGAAAGACUGCACCAUGACCAGACUUUAAAACAGCACUAAAUAACUUAGGGGACCUGGGGGAGGGAAAGGCCCAGGACGUGGGCCACUCAACCUAAUGAAACCCUGUUGCUCUGUCACCAUGUGCCCUUUGGCCUGACCAAGUUUGACACUGGGAUUCAGUUUAGGCGCUGGCCCCAAGCACAUCCCAGCAGAGGUACUUCGGAGAAAUCGGCAUCUGACUGAGCAGAACAAAUCAUCAGGUGCCUGGAGCAAAAAGGAAAAAAAAGCAGAAACAAGUGGACAUUUAGUUUUAAGAGAUGGAAAAAGGAAAGAAGAAAGUUUUUUUUUUUUUAUUUCUUCAAAAAUCAGUUGUGGAUUCCAGUAGUAUUUAUGUUGAAAGAAGCAAGUUUUAGUCCUUCCAACUGUGGAUAUUUGUGAAAACUCCUCACCACCAUCCAAGUAUCAGAAGAGCUCUCUCGUUAGCACUUACUGUUUGCAAGAACAAGCCCAUCCUUUCAUCCUCUUAGGAAAAGUGACGAGUGACAGCAGAGGGGGAGGAAGUCAUCUGACCUGGAAAAUGAGUGUUGGACGGUAGUGGCUUCUACAGAAACCCUUAUUGGUGUUAAAAACUGGAAAAAAUAAUUCAUCCAGAAUUCAUACUGUCCUGAUAAAAACUAUGGUUCUGUUUUUUAGAUAUUGUGGAAAAUGAUUUUUUUUGCAUUUUUCUCUGAUUUUAUUUUUUCUUCCCUUCCCCUUCCCUUUUUCUAAGAGAGAGUGAAUGUGAGAGAGAGAGAGAGAGAGAAAGAGAGAGAGAGAAAAGAGAAGAAACAAAUCCAGAAAAUACAUAAAACAAAAAGAAGAGAAAAGAAAAUUUUAUUAUUAUUGCUAUGUGAAAAAAAAAUCCCAGCCCAGAUGGCCUGGCGUUUGUACCUGACUUGUCGCCUGCACAGGAGCCGGUCCUGUCACUUCUGAUUAGCCCCUCUUCCAAAGGGGAGACUUCCAAAUGUUAACUUUUUCUUUUUGAAAAUAUAAAUAAUUACUAUUUUGUACUGUGUGGUA